CGCCUCCAUCCGUUCCAGCUUCCAACCCGACAUCCCACGAGAAAAACUCCAUGUCUGAUCCCAGCGCCAGCAGCACGGCCUCUUCUUCUCCGACUUCUUCAUCUACGUCGCCCCGUCUUACCACCGGCGUCGUCAACUUUCUGGCCCGUCGUACCGUGACCACGCAGCAGCACCACCACCUAGCAGCAGCCGAAGCAUUCCCGCUGCACUCGCCGGGCUCCUCCACCGGCUCCGCCGACUCCGCGCCCUGGCACCACCGCGCCCCGGCCACGCCGCCACCUGUGCUUCCGUUCGACACCAGCGACGCCGACGAGAUGCUCCUGCUAGACAUGCUCUCCCAGCACCACGAGGUCCAGCACGCCGCGGCCGCACCGACGACGGCGCUGGCGAAGCAAGAGGCCGACGAGGAGGGCAAGGUGGCACUAGGUGUGGGUCGCGCGUUCCGCGGAGUGCGGAAGCGACCGUGGGGCAAGUUCGCGGCGGAGAUCCGGGACUCGACGCGGAACGGCGUGCGCGUGUGGCUGGGCACCUUCGACAGCCCAGAAGCUGCG